CUUUCCCGCUUCUUCGGGGCUAAAUAGAGAACUUUCUCAGGAAAGAAGAUUUUAACAGUUUAUACUGCAAAUUUCCUCCAAUGAACUCUCAAGAGCUCACAUUGGUCUUGACGGCCACUGUCAUCGGUGCCAUAGUCUCCGCAUUUGCAUUCCAUUUCUACUUCAACCCUAGAAAACGGUUUUUCCGACCUUAUUCUUUUCAGAACGGCGUGGAUCCACAGAAAUGCUCCUCUCUGGAUCCUUUCAAUCCUUCGAAACGGGAGGGAUAUCUGUCGUGGGAUGACUAUUUUAUGGCAAUUGCAUUUUUAUCUGCCAAGAGGUCAAAGGAUCCCAAUAGGCAGGUUGGUGCAUGCUUGGUGAGUGAAAAAGGAAUUAUACUUGGCAUUGGCUAUAAUGGAUUUCCAAGAGGUUGCUCAGAUGAUAAGCUUCCUUGGGCAAAGAUGUCUAAAUCAGGGGAUCCUUUGGAGACAAAGUAUCCGUAUGUUUGUCAUGCUGAAGUCAAUGCUAUACUAAACACAAAUCAUGCAUCUGCUGUUGGACAGAGGCUUUACGUGACCAUGUUUCCUUGCAAUGAAUGUGCGAAGAUAAUUAUACAGUCAGGUGUCUCAGAAGUUAUAUACUUUGUAGAGAAGAGGCUAAAAACAGACACAGCGUAUAUUGCUUCACACAAGCUGCUAUCAAUGGCUGGUAUUAAAAUUAGGAGACAUCAGCCACAAAUGAGCCAAAUUUUAAUCAAGUUUGAGGAGCUCUAGAUUCGGUUAUCAUACCAAUCAUUGUUUUGCUAAACCAGAAAAUGGAAAGUCCCAGUGGAUCAUAAUUUGUUGUAUUUUAUGUAAGCUGUAAUACCUAAUUUGUAGUGAAUUUACCAUUCUAGACACAUGAUUUGUGCUUCACUCUGCAGCGAUUGUGCGUAGGUUUCCCAUUUUAGACCAUAUUGAACUUGAUAUGUGACAUUAUCAAUUAUUAUAUCUCUUAAGGGACAUCUUAAUGGUUAAAAACUUAAGUUUCCACGUUGAAAGACUAAAGUUCAAAUCCUAGA